GAGACCACCGUCGUGAGCGCCGAGUGGCUGAAGGCCAACAUCGGGAGGCCCGACGUCGUGGUCCUCGACUGCAGCUGGUACCUCCCCGCGAUGGAGCGCGACCCACGCGCGGAGCACGAGGCCAAGCGCGUCCCGGGCGCCAGGUUCUUCGACGUCGAUGGAGUGUCCGAUCCGUCCUCGCCUCUGCCCCACAUGCUCCCGGACGCGGGCGCGUUCGCCGCGGCGUGCGACGCCGUGGGCGUCGCCAACGGCGAUCAGGUUGUCGUGUACGACGGCGCGGGUCUCUUCAGCGCGGCGCGGGGCUGGUGGAUGUUCAAGGUCUUCGGCCACGACGCCGUCGCGCUCCUGGACGGCGGGAUGCGCGCGUGGGAGAAACUCGACGGCGCGACGGUUGAGACGAAACCCCCUGCCGUCCCAAUCGCCGCCGCCACGGACGCCUGCGCGAGGUGGUACGACGACGCCUCGAAGCCGUCGUCGACGCCGUCGUCGUCGUUCCGCGCGACGCUCAGGCCCGAGCUGGUGCUGCGCAGGGACGAUGUGCUCGCGCGGUGCGUCGGCGCGGCGGCGACGGAGACUUUGGUGGAUGCGCGACCCAAGCCGAGAUGGGCCGGCGAGGCUCCCGAGCCCCGCGCGGGGAUCCGGAGCGGUCGCGUGCCGGGCAGCGCGUGCGUCCCGUUCUUCGACGUCCUCGACGCGGACGAUCGGACGUUCAAGUCCCGUGACGAGAUUCGCGACGUCUUCUCCGCCGCGGGCGCGGACGUGACGGGUGCGAAGAAAGUCGUGGCGAGCUGCGGCACCGGCGUCACCGCGUGCGUGCUGUCGCUCGGGGCGGCGAUCGCGCGGGGGGACGGGACGCCGCUUCCGGUGUACGACGGGUCGUGGACGGAGUGGGGCGCG